AGAGUUAUGGCCCUGGAUCACUUUGAAAUAUCUUGUUGAUGCUCUAGAGACCAAAGUUAAUAUCCGAUUGACUUAAGAUUGAUACACAGAGUUUAAGUUCUUGAGACGAACAUGUAUAUUGAUUUUCAAAGAUUUUUGAUAUCCUGAACAGCUAAAUUUUCGUAUACUAAACGUUAGCAUGGGGCAGAACUAAAAGCCAAACAAAUGAUUUUCUGAUAAUUACUUAAAGACCACAUAAGACAAAAAAUCUAAAUUUCAUGAGCCAAUGGUUACUAUAUCCACUUUUACUUAAUGAGUUAUUACUCUUAAUCAGAUUUUAGUGUAUUAUAAAUGAUUCAUUACCGACAAUAGAAAAAUAUGCGACAACUCUUGUUGACUCCACGGACGACUUAGCUGCUGUGGGGGUAUGUUUAGUUGCCUGGCAACCUAUCUUUAAUGUACUUUUGUACUCUAAAUUUUUUUAUUCUUGAAAUAAAUCUUAAAGUACGUUCACGCGUAUACCUCGACAUAAGGACACGUUACUUCCAAGACGAUCUUCGACCACGAUUGUCGAUAUUUAUUUUGCCGGAAAAUUCACACACUUAUCUUAUUGUACACAAAGAAUGUUGUCAGAUUAAAAUACAGUUUCCAGGAAAAUAAUCUGAUGGUAAAUUGAAAAAAAAAGAUUUCCAAGACGGAGUCCGCUUUCUCAAUUUCAACAUUGACACGACAUGAAAGAAACACCCCGGACUGACACAUCCCCUACACGGUCUGAACAAGGGGAACCUCUCUCUAAAAGACUUUGUCUAAAUCUCCCAAGAGCCUCUAAAAACAUGGAUUCAAAUAUUACUCUGUGGCAAUUUCUACUGGAACUUCUACUCAGUGAACAACAUCAACAUAUUAUCUCUUGGACAAACAACGAAGGCGAGUUCAAAUUAACCAAUGCCGAAGAGGUGGCCAAACUUUGGGGACUUAGAAAAAAUAAAUUGAAUAUGAACUAUGACAAAUUAAGUCGUGCGUUGCGCUAUUAUUACGAUAAAAAUAUCAUUAAAAAAGUUAUGGGACAAAAGUUUGUGUAUAGAUUCGUGUCCUUUCCAGAAAUAGUGAAAACAGAAAAUAAGAUUCCGUUCAAAGUAAAAAUGGAGUCGAUUGCUCAUGAAUAUGGACAGCGAGUCAUGCCUCACUUUGCCUCUUUUAAUGCCCGGAAUAUAAAAUCUUCUGCCGAACAAGCCCGCUCAUCGGCUUGGCGUGUACCAUCACCCAACGUCAAAUCAUCCACAGACCGUUCAAAAAACAUACAAAGCGCUAAAAAUCUCGUUAAACGGGAAUCUGAAGAUUCAAAUUCAUCUGGUUCAUCUUUAAGUUGCAGCCAUACAACAACAGUAACGUCAUCGUCGCCAUCAGCUACCAAACCGAAGCCAAGUCCGAUAACUCUGAAUCCAGUUGGAAAUACCACUCUUGUUACACCAUCCACAUUUCUUCCAAUUCCCAGCCCAACGGCCAAGGGCUCGCCUUUCGCUUUUACGGGACUUCCAACGCCAAUGUUAAUGCCCAGCCCAAUGAUGGGCCCAAGGACGCCACUACUUCAUUUCUGGAGCUCACUCAGUCCUGUAACAACGCUCAGCCCGCGAUUCGGACCCGCCUUUCAAUUUCCAGGAUUUUUCAAUGGACAAUUGCCGUUUCCGCCGAUGACAUUACAUAAUAUAAGUACUGUUGAAAAUCUGUCUACUCCAGGGAUGGUGACGUCUCCUACCAGGACGAUACCGGUGCUAUGAUAUAGAGUCUAAUGUCGUGUAUAGCAUUCAUAUUAACAAAUUAACUGCCUUUUAAUAAGCAUUGCUAGAAGUAGCCAAGUGCAAACUAUUUGUAGCUCCCUUGAAUGACGUUAUUCGCAUUUUUCGCUGACGCGUAGUUGUAUAAUAGGCUACUAAACGUCAAUGGCGACAUCUUGGAGAUGUUGUUUCGUUUUUAUUGGUGCACUUGACGAUUGUGAUAUUUGGGACCAGUUAAUGUUUUUUUUUAUCUGUUCUGUUAUUUUUGGAUCAACAUUGUUUUAAAAGGUUUGUGAUUUGUUGCAAGAGAGGGGGCUGCCGGUGAUGAGAGAGUGGGUGUUCACUCUGAAUUUGCUUACAUUUUGUUAGUGUGUAGAACGAAAUCAAAUCAUAAAUGAAUUGUGUAAACCCAAAUAUUAAGUCAUUUUUAUUAUAACAUUGGAAUGACUUUCGGAGAACAAAUUUCUUUUUUUUAAUUGUUCGACAUGUGAGAAUCAUCUUACGCAAAACAGGGCUACAACAUAUUUUUUUGUGUUGAGAAUAGAAAUAGCAAUUUUUAAAACUUAUUUUGUUACCUAUUUAUAUUCCAACAUCUUGAUCUUGCAAAACUUGUUUCAUCAAAUAUCGAGAAAAUUCCUUACUAUGUGUGAACUAAUCAAAAUGUUUGCCUGAAUAGGUUGACUACAUACCUGUUACCAGGAUAUAUAUUUUAACGAACUGUAAAUAAAGAUACAAUUUGAUUAAUUAAUGACAUCAUUAUGUGCUAACAGUUUAUUGUAAAUAUUUUGUCUCUAAUCUUAAAGAUCUCUUAACUUAUUCCUGUCCAUUUAUUCAAUUUCGGUUAUUUUGGUCUAAUAGAAUAUAGAAUAAUGUACAAUAAUGUCUAGGCAUCUGUGCUUGUAUUUAACUUUUGCUUUUAUAGUCAAAGAUGCAUUAUGUAAGAUUUAGAUAAAAAGCUGACCGUUCGUGCUACAAUUAAUAUAUUUGAAAAUGUCAGUAAAAUUACUUUAUUCCGAGCGCUGUUAUGAGUGUUUGAAUGAAGUUUUGACGAGAAGGUCUCAAUUGUUAAGUACCAUUGCUGCGAUUAUAAACCAAAAAAAUUAUAAACCAAAAACCCGAUUAACUAAUUUAUGCCAGGCUGUUGUAAUCCAAUCAAUAUCUAAGCCAUCCGAUGGUCCAGAGAGUUUAUUAUUGGCUUUUCAUGUGAAUAAAUGUCGAAAUAAUAAUUUAUAUAAUAUAUAAAAAGACCUGCAAUAGGCAAAUUUAGCUCUUACAUAAUGCAUCCUCAUUCCUCAAGUUAUGAAGGUGUGACCAGACAUACAAAUUUCAAAUUUAUUAGACUUGUAAAUGUGGCAAUGAAUUUGUAAAUUAAACCGACAGAAAACGCUGUUUUAAAGUUUUCCUUUUGACGUGCCCGUUAUGAUUUAUCUAGAACGGGGAGAAAAGUUUUAUAGUAUUGAUUGAUUAAUGACCAGAGUACCGUAUUAUAGGUAUUCAUACUCACUGAGUCUCAACGCGGUUAAUAUGUAAAUAAUUUAAUAUUGGGGUGCGCGUUGGUUGGUGGGUGUAGAAACAUGCCCUUAGUUGCAAUUAAUACACUUAGUUAAUUUGUUUUGCCAAUUCUAAAACACUUGCAUUGUUGGUCAUAAGUCAUGAAUAUAAAAUAAUUAUAUUCAUUCAUAUAUGCAUUCACAUAUUAAAGAUAAUGUAUUCAUUAUAAACAUACAUAUUAUUCAAAUAAGUAAUUCAGUUUAAACUCGAAAGUAAGUUAUCGGUAUUAUACACCAUAUAAUUUUAGAUUCAGUGAGUUGUUUACCCUAAUGUGCUCGGAUGCCAGCCUUAUAAAAUAUUUAAUUGCAAAAAUAUAUAAAAAUAUAUCUUUAUUUGACGACUGUAUUCUUUCAGCUAAUUAUUUAUAUUAAUUAUGAUAAUCACAUUAAAUGUAUUUUAUUUAAUA